AUGAAGAAAAUACUAAGGACAAUGUUGAAAGCUGAAGGGAAUUUUUCUGAUCAAAACAAAGACGGAGUCCAAACGGCCAAAAAGAAAGGCGUAUUUUGUAAGGGACCUUUAAAAUACAUCGGGAAGUACUUCUACAAAAAAACAGAUGACAAAUCUACUAAUAUUAAUGUCAAAAAUGAAGACUUUAAAGAUGAUAACGCUGCAGAUUCUGAAUCCAAACCUGAAGAGGUUACAGUUGAACUUAUUCAGAAACAUAUUGUUGAGAGAAGAUUGUUGAAAGCCAGCAAAGAUCUGAUUAUCUUAGAAAAUAAGAUCUACAGCAAUACAGAUGAAGAACUACACGAAAUUAAAAAUAAAGAACUGGAAUUUCUGUACGAUGAACUAAAUACGAAAGUAUUCAGAGUAGUGAAAGAAUCUAUUUUGGAAAACGAUGAGAGUUUGCUGAAAGAAGCUGUUCAGGCCAUCACAGAACAAGAAAAAGAAGAUAAAAAUGUGUCGGAAAAUAAUUCAAUGCCAUCCAGUCCUGUAAGACCAAGAAAAUGGAUGCAGAAAUGGCACGACUCGGUCAGUGAAUCAGUGGAAGAACGGAUGGGGAAUUUACCUGGAAUUUCCCCAAACGAUUCCGGCUCUUCUUUCUCCCGGACUUUUGCAAUUCUAGGAAAGACCAUUAAAACAGAUCUAACCCAUGUGGUCAAGAAUCUCAAACCGCAUUACCCAACAGCAGAGUUUGAUGUGUGCAAUAUCUACGCAAAGUGCUAUCACAAAUUUUUGAAAACCCACAUUGAAAAUAUUACCGAAUUUGAACUCACUGGAAAAGACAGCCAUUUUAUCCUGAGCCUGGUACUCAAUAUCUACCCCAACAAUAUAUUGGGAGAUCCAGUUCUGACUGAUCACAUACAAGCGACAAAAUUGGAAAGGCUUUUAACACUACGCAAGAUCAGAGAACUGAAGAGCAUUUAUAUCCCUUAUGAAGUGGAGUCUGUAAGAGAAUGGAUGGUCAGAAGCCUAAAUUUAGAAGUUGAACGCUGGAAGGAGGGGUUAGAACCCCUGAAGUUGGGCGAUUGCUACCAUUCAGAGUUGCAUAUAGAUGUUAUUCAGAGUUUUCAUGGAGGAAUUCAAAGGGCGGCAGAAAUCACUGAACAAAUGUCGAAUAAUAUGAUACCUUUACUGUCAAAUGAGCUGGUCGAGUUUCUGAAAAGUUACAAGAAAGCCUUUGAAGAAUAUAGAAAAAAUAAAAAUGAUGAAUAUUUCAAACCUAUAGUUAUGGCUAAUAUAAAUUGCUGCCAGAGUUUCAGAGAAUUUGUUGCUCAAAGUGAUGCAAAGUUAGAUCUGAAAUCAAAAGAAGCAAUUAAGUCAAUCCUGACUGAUUUUGAGAAGGUUGGAUUUGAGACACUUCUUCAAGAUUUAUAUGACGAGCUAAAGGGUGUUUUCAAGAGGAUUUCUCAAGGAAAUGGAAUGUGUAGUUAUCAAACCAUGCAAGAUAUCAUCCAGAUAACAGAUAAACACAUUUCUCAUUUUGGAAUGUUAACCAAACAUUGUUAUAAGGAAACGAUCGGUAAGGUCCACUUACACUUGGUCAAAGAAUAUAUCACGAGACUCCUGAAGAAAAAAGUCACUCACAAGAAUGUACAACAGCUUCAAACUCUAGCCAAGCAAAUUCGCGAGACGGCCAUGCUUAUCAAGGACUUCUUUUCUGUUUACGAAUCCCAAGCAUUUUGGCUGGAAAAUAUAAUAUCCAAAGUGGCUGAUAUAAUUCGACUCCAGGAUAUCGGUGCAAUUCAGCUUGAAGUAGCUACACUUGCUGCAGAAUAUCCAGAUAUUGGGCGAAAACAAGUUGAAGCUAUUUUAUACAUCAAAGGGAAUCUCAGCAAGAGUGAAGUCCGAUCAAUCGUCGGCAUCAUUGACAGCCAAGAAAAGAACACUAGCACAACCCAACCAUUCUUUUCAUUAAUUAAACCGUCUUAAUAUGUUUUAUGAGAACUGGUGCUUAAGCAUGUCACUAUUCCUGUAACUGUCUAUAUUACAUUAGACAAUGUAGCAGGAAGAUACCAAGGUCAGGAUUGACUGGCCGGAUGGUCAAUGUCACCUGUCCAUAUGGGUUGAUACUCGGAACUCCCAGUUAAUGUCGCUGUAAGAUGGAUAUAAUGGAAUUUGGUUAAAUUUUUGGUACUGUGUAUAGUUCCAUUUUUAUUACUACAGACAUAUAGGUCUAGAAAAUGUUUGAUAGUUCUCAGCAUCAUCUGUUGGACCUUUUAUUGUACCAUCUUGGAAAAGGACAUAAACUGCACAUAUGAGUUUGGAUUUCCCCAGUAUAUGUGAAGUUGUUGUGUGUUGUUCUGCCAAAGAGAAGCGUUGAACAUUGAAAAAGACGGACAAUAAGUAUUACACACAUUGGAUUUGAGUUAAGAUCUAGAGUACAUUAUUCAUAGAACAGUAUAUUGAACAGGAUCUACAACAAUUCAGAAAUUCAUUGUGUUAGUUACAUAUAGGAAGGAAUUAAUGUGAUGGGUUAGACUAUUUAUCCUAGAACAGAGGUGGCUUUCCUGCUGGUUGUUGACCUGCAUUCCUCAUGAAUCUCUGCUAGCCAACAGAAGUAUUGGACAUUUCGUCUGAUAACAGCAGGGAGCAUAACAUUGGUCACCACUUAUAUUUCUCCCAUCCAUCUUGUGUUUAUUAAACAGAAAAGGUCUUAAAUAUGACCGUGACUCUGCGAGAAAUGGUGCUCACAUUUCAAUCGAAUUCUAGAUAGUUCAUUUUUAUAAGCUCACUUUUAAACAAAUUAAUCUAUAAUCCUAUAAUCACUUUUUGUAGGGAUUUGUAUAUUUUGUAUCUUUUUUACUUUAAGAACAUAUUUUACCUCCGAAACAAUGUGAUCUCAUCCCUGGCUCAACGGAAUGUGUGGCUAAUUUUUGGACACGGUUAUAGCCAUUAUGUUUUCACAACAUGUUCGUCAUGACUUCUUUCGGAAGCAAAAACAGCGCUGAACAAUUUGUUUACAAUACACUUGUUUACACGAAGUUUGGAAGACGAAAAGCAAUCAUAGGAAUAGUUAAAUGUAUGUUUCUGAAGCUAGACUGCCUUCAAACAUCAGUACUUACAAGUAAGAGUUUCUGUUGAUAGUGUUUAUAAUAUUGUAUUGAAAUAUUUUUUGUAUUGCUUGUUGUAUUUUUUUCAGAUGUUAUAGCUAAGUUAUAUUUAGCCUGUAUAAUAUGGGACAUGUGUCCCAAAACUGUAUUUUUAUUUUUUCACAUAAAGUUUUCAAUUGUUUGUAUUAUCUUGUUUACGUAUU